AAUAAUAUGAUACUCUGAAACUUGUUCCUUAAAACUCAAAUGGUUACCAUUCAAAGCUUCAUUAAGCUCCGAAUCCAUGAAAAAGGCCACAAAUGUCUGGGUUUUCAUCUUCAUAAUCAUUGUCAACGUUGCAUUUUCCCAGAAAACAAACUGUACCCUUGAUUUCGAGUUCAAAGGUGCCUCAAAUUCAAGCAAUGAGAAUGGCGAUUGGGGUGGAUUUCUUAACCAAAGCCAUUGUGGAGCCACAUUCAAUGGCUACCUCAAAGCAUUGGGGGUUAGAGCAAAUCAAACCGGGUUUAUAUUCUUGGAUUCAAGUGAGCAAACGACGUGCCUGAAUUCAAUGAAAAGAUUCGAUUGUGGGAUGGAGAAACUAACAUCGGGUGGUGGGGGAUGCUCCGAUUAUUCGACGGCCGAUGUUGAACAAAAACUGGGGAAUGAGCUGCGGAGUUUGAGUGAAAAUUGUAGGUUUGCUUCAUGUGGUUGGUGUGUUAGAAGCUGGGAAUCCAUUAAUGGAGGGUCGAAUUUAGAAGAGUCGAUGAUUUGCAGGUUUGCGGUGCUGGUUUCAUUAACAAGUCUUAAGGUUGAAGAUGAGGAGAAUAUUCAAAGGAUUUAUGAAUGCCUUUCCAAUAACACCCGCGUUUAUGGAGCAAUUAAGGAUGUUUUAUUGAAGAAACCAGGUUGUCCCAAAUUCCCAAUCAAAGAGGUUUAUUUUGCUACCAACAGUUUAGAUGAAUCAAAUUUCAUUGGUGAAGGAACUGCUGGAAAGGUGUAUAAAGGCAUACUAUCAAACAAGGAGCAUGUUGCAAUAAAGCACAUUAUAAAGGAUGGAAAGGUGGAGACAUUUGUGAGGGAAGUUACAAGUUUAUCUCACAUCAAACAUCCAAACCUUGUGAGAUUGGUUGGUUAUUGUUCAAGUAAACAACAUUGCUUCCUCAUAUAUGAACUCUGCCCUAAUGGGAACCUUGCAAAUUGGCUAUUUGGGAAAGACAAGGUGCUUUCAUGGAUCAAGAGGCUGGAGAUCGCGGUCGGCAGUGCUCGAGGUCUUCAGUUUCUCCAUACAUAUUCUGAAGGCUGCAUAGUUCAUCGUGAUAUCAAGCCAACAAACAUUCUGUUGGGACCAAACUUUGAACCGAAGCUGUCGGAUUUUGGGUUAUGUAAGGUGAUUGAAAUUGGUGAAACCUAUGUGAGCUCCGAAGUUAGAGGAACAUUCGGGUAUGUGGACCCUGAAUAUCAAAACGAUCGCCGAGUCAAUUCAUCUGGCGAUGUUUUCAGCUUUGGAGUUGUGUUGCUCCAGAUCCUGUCGGGGAAGAAGGUUUUCAAUUUGAACCUGGAAAAACCAAUCCCCUUGAAUAAAAUGGCCAGAAUCCUAAGAAGAGGUGGGAGUGUACAACGAUUUGCAGACCCAAAACUUGAAGGCCAAUACUCAAUAGAAGCUUUUGACAUAACAUUCAAGCUGGCAAUCUCAUGCACAUCACUCAAACAGCAACGACCAUCAAUGGAGCAAGUUGUUGUCAACUUAGAGAAGGCCCUUCACAUUUCAACAAUGGCCACUGCUUCAACUCCACAAACCACACCCUAA